AUGACUGAUCAGUAUCUCUCCUCACCAGACCCCAUACAACCUAAAGAGAGGUCUCUUCGAAAUAUGAACCCUGAUGUUCAGGCUCGUUUGUUAGCCUUCCAGGCCAAGCGUCAACAGAAGAUGCAACAGCAUAUGUCUCAAAAUGUGCAAUCAUCGUCUGAUCUCUCGGAUUCCGAUGCUAAUACUAGCAGCGAUCCAGAUGAUCCUUCCCUCAUACGUCGAACCAGUUUCCGUCUCCCCAAGAAGAAGAAGUCUGACGAUUUGCACGAUUCACAUGAUAACCACGGUUCCGGUGGUCCUGGCAGCUCUGGUGGCUCUGGUGGCUCUGCUUCUCCCCGAGCUGACUCGUCUUCAUCAUCUUUUAUGGAUUCUCAUAGGGCAGAUGGUUCCAUGAAAGCUCCUUCUGCUGGUAUCUCAGCUACUAGUUCCCUCUCAAAUCAUCAUUUGCAUACUCCAUUCUCCGUCGGCGGGAUGGAUCAAUCCAGAAAAAGUGCAUUACCGAGAAGGGCACCAUUAUCAUCGGGGUCUCUUAGUUCGACAGACUCAUCAUCAAUAUCAUCGUUGUCUGGUGUGAAAGUCAGCCCCUACAAGCCACAGGGAUUAUUUGCUCCUUUUGCUAAAUACGUCGAUAUCAAAUCAGGGUCUCUCAAUUUUGCUGGAAAGGCUUCCGUUCACUCCAAGGGAGUUGAUUUCUCCAAUGGAUCAUCGUUUCGUAUUUCUAUGGAUGAUUUGGAGGUGUUAGAUGAGCUAGGCCGUGGUAAUUACGGGGUUGUUUCAAAAGUUCUACAUAAGCCAACAGGAGUCAUUAUGGCAAUGAAAGAAGUCCGACUUGAAUUGGACGAUGCGAAAUUCCGUCAGAUUCUUAUGGAAUUGGAAGUUCUUCACAGUUGCAAUAGUGAGUGUAUUGUGGACUUCUAUGGAGCAUUCUUCGUUGAAGGUGCGGUCUAUAUGUGCAUUGAAUACAUGCAAGGAGGAUCGUUAGAUAGAAUAUAUGGAGAAGGCAUCCCCGAACUUGAACUCAGCUACAUAACGAAGGAGGUAGUCAAGGGGUUGAAGCAAUUGAAAGAUGAGCAUAACAUUAUUCACAGAGAUGUUAAGCCUACAAAUAUGUUGGUGAAUGAUGCCGGUAAGGUGAAGCUAUGCGACUUUGGAGUUAGUGGUAAUUUGGUGGCAUCUUUGGCUAGAACAAACAUUGGAUGCCAAUCUUAUAUGGCACCUGAGAGGAUCAAGAUCGCCAAUCCUGACGUUUCAAGCUACUCUGUUCAGUCGGAUAUAUGGUCUUUGGGUUUGUCUGUCCUGGAAGUAGCCAAGGGAUGUUAUCCAUAUCCUCCAGAGACUUAUGCGAAUAUCUUUUCGCAGUUAAGUGCUAUAGUGGAUGGACAGCCACCGGAGUUGCCUGAAGGCAAGUUCUCAAAGGAGGCAAGAAAUUUUGUGAGUAAAUGUCUCAGUAAAAACCCUGAUGAUAGACCUACGUACACUGAGCUUCUUGAAGAUCCCUGGUUGAAGCGUGUGGAUGAGAAAAAAGGUCAGCAGAAGUUGGCCGAGCUUGUUGCCAAGAGAUUAGGUGAGAAGGCUUCCAAGAAAGAUAAAAAGUCUCCCGCCCUUCAUCACGUGUCGUUGACCAGUGGACUGUAUGAGCAUGAGCAGACUGAAUGA